GUUGAUUUUGAUCUAGUUCUCGCACCGUAAGAACAUAAGUACUUCUCGGGGCUUCAGAAAAAUAACAACCAUAAAGACCGUACGAAGAAGAUUUUGAAGAUGCGUCGCUACCCAAUUAUCAAUAUUCAGCGGGCUGUGUUGUCCGGCUUCACGCUGUUCUGGCUGGCGGUUUCGUGGUGGAGGUUGUGCACGGUGGAUCAGGUAGCGGCUGGUGACGAGGAGGAAGAGUUACAGAUCAAUCAAAACCAUUCGCCGCAGGCGGAGCGCGUGUUCAAAACCAAUUCCUCCAAGCUGCACCACCUGGACAUUUUUUGCGACGCUCUGCUGCUGUUCGGGAGCUUCUGCGGGCUUCUGGGCGUGUUGUCCGGAACGUAUCAAACGGAAAAAUCCCCCCUCCCCAUAUCGAAAUGGAAAUCUGUGAUGCAGGAUUUGAGGUACCAAAUCGACUUGUCAUGCUAGAAGGCCAAGAGCCGCAGUCGUGGUCUCGUUUGCAGGCAAUUUGUCAUGCUGUUUCCCACUCUCAGCUGCCUCCUAUCAUGCUGAAGAUGCAAGGCUCCCCCACGCCACCCAGCACUACAGUCCGCAUCUUUUUCCGUGUAGCAUGACACAGCUGAUUUGUGACAACAAAUCUGCAUCACAGAUUUCCGUUUUGAUAUGGGGAGGGGGGAUUUUUCCUUUUGAUAGAGCGCGGCUGUUCUACUUGAGCGGCUUGUCGCUGUUCACGGUCUGCCUGUUGUUUUUAUGCAUUGCAAAUAAAGUAUCGUACUCGUAUAAAUGCAUUACAAAUUCCCUCAGCAUGAGCAAUAAAAUUUGUCAUGCGGAUUUACCUUAGGGAAAAAAUUUGUAAUGCAUGACUGCAAGAAUUACUACGAGUCCGAUACUUUUGCACAGGAUAGUUUUCUGUGCCCGCAAAUUUGGUGAUCCACGGCUUUGUGCUGGUCUACGAAAUGUUCGUCACAGACCUGCGCAUCGUCACAGGCAGCGAGGUGAGUGGUCCGGGGCACCUCCAGGACGGUCUCGCUAGUAGCGGAGCGCACAGAGGCGCCGCGGGUACAACUACAACUGGGGAGGCCAUCAUGGGCCGCACGAGCGUGAGUAAUGAGUCUGAUCAUGCAGCCGGUGCAACGCAACAACAUGGAACCGAUUUACUGCCAGCCGUUCCAGCGGGAGCUGCAGCUUUCGGUCCGUCUUCCACCCCCAGAGAUGUUUUCGAGCCAAACGAGCUCACAGUCGUUUUGCACUAUCUGACAUGCGUGCUCACCGCGGUCAAGCACGCGCUAAAUUCGACGGACUUUCUUUGCCUGGUGUCGGAUGUGAUCCGGUUUUCGCUGGCCAUCGUAAAUUUGAUGUUUCUCCGGGGCUGCUUCGCGGUCCUCACGGAGUAUAUUUUUGACGACGACCUUCCGGAGAAUGUGAAUUUGUUGUGGUUCCGGUGGGACGCCGUGACGGCGAGCGAUAUUUUGCCUGUACGGAAGGGCAGCAGACACGACGACCGGAUGAGCUUUGGCGCAGGCGGCGGGGGACCAUUCGGGGGGCUCGGUAAAAUUGCUUUGAAGUUUUAGUAGUAGAGUGUUGCUUCGGAAGUUCUGUCACUUCUUUAGAUGGAAGAUUUUUAUGAAUUUGAGGAAUCAGGUUCGCCUUCGCCUGCUUCCAAUUGCCGUUUGCCGUCAAAAGGUGUUCCCAUCUUCGCCAUUCAAAUUUGACGAGACUGCGUCUAAAAAAUGCACAAUUGGAUGUUUCGUGUUUAGCGUCACAUUUAGAUGAGGUCGCGCAUUGAUUUUUUGAAAAUGUGUUGCGCGAAAUAAGAAAAAAAGUAGUUUUUGCCGCGUUUUUAACACACAAAAUUUUGUUGAAAACGAGUCCGGUCUUGCUCUCGUCUCUGAUCGUGGUCUUCUCAACCUGCGGAUGGACUUCAGGGCCUCAUUACUACACUCGCUUCUUGUACUAGUUGGACCCCAAAAAUAUCAUUGAUUUGGACAAAGAACGACUGUGUGGUUGUAAAAAGUGCGACAUAGUUCUUCUGGAGGACAAGAAAUUGCCCAACCACGACGUCCGCGAGUAGUUCUAAGAUGGCCGCCACGUGCGCAGCCCUUACUUCCUCGCGGGGAGAGGAAACUACAAGUAGAGAGGGUUCCUUCCGUGAUAGAAAGCCGCCUACAAGAACCUCCGCUGUAGAACAUCAAGCUCCACCUCCUGCCACCGUCGAAGAUGUUUCUGCCGAGCCGCCCUCGUGGUUCGACGAUAUCGCAAGUGGUUUCAAAUCGCUACUGGGCUGGGAGCAGGAGGAAGAAGACGAGAGCUGCGAGGAAGAUGACUGCCUACUCUGGAUGCACUACGACGAUGAUAAUCUGGAUCCAACAUGUAGUGUACACACUUGCCAAAGAAGCAGAAUCUCGACCACAAAUGACAACAUACCAGGUGACCCACUGCUUGACAGCUUCGCGACGCCUCUCUCGCUCACGCCGCGCGCCGGGUUCGGCACCAACCCCGGAGGUGGUAACGGUACUACGGCUUUGAACGGCGUGAGCAACGGUCGGCAGGCUGCGCUACUCGGCACCGCGGAUCACUUGUUUCACACCCCGACCGGAGCAUCCACUUCUGGUGUCGCCUCCCAGCCAAUCCAGGUGAUCAGUCCGAAGAGCGUGGCGCAUAUAUCGUGAGGAAAAGUCCCCCCUCCCCAUAUCGAAACGAAGUUUCUGAUGCUGGAUUUCCGCACACAAAUCAGAUCUGUCUUGCAGUAGAGGACUGCAGGCAUAUGUCAAGCCUCAGUCGAGAGGUUUUGACGUAGGCACCUAGCAUGACAAACGUGUAUGCUCUAUGCCCAACAGCAUCACAAACCGCCUGCAAAAUGCGGGGCGCUCUCACUCUGGACUUGCCUUCUUGCAAUACAGACAGGAUUUGAGGUCACAAAUGCGCAUCACAAAUUUUCAGACGGAUACGUUUUCAAUCUGGGGAGGGGGGAUUUUUCCUUACGAUAGCAUACGGAUUUGGGGAUUUCCGAAAAUUUGCCGCUUUUCGACGAGGCAAUGGUUGUGGACAACCCGCUAUGAAGUGCAAGUAUGUCCGGGUCUGGAAGAACGCAACUUGUGAUGCUGCGUUUGGAUUCCAAAAAUAUCUGUAUUGCAUGAGCAGCAAAGGCGGGAAUGUAAUUUUUGGGGACGCGCAGGGGCAUUUGUCAUGCGGAAUAGGCACCAAGAAACCCUGAAAAAAUCUGUGAUGCUAGGGCAUGCAUCACAGUCAUCCUGGCUCAUGCAAAACGUGCGUGACAAGUCUCAGAACCCUCCAGACCCAGACAUACUUGCAUUUGAUAUCCGCCCUUCGUCCUUUCCAGAGCCAACAGCGGGCUGCAGGCCAGUCCGAGCAGCGUUAAUACUACUUUGUCUCGCACGGGGAGCCAGCAGGUGCAGAAAUCGCUCGCGCAGUCUCCGACGGAAUUUCGGGAAGCGCUCAAGGAAAGUCCCAAUUUCGCGCUCCUGACGCGGAGCUCCACGACCAGUAGCAACGGGGGGAGCGAAGCGAACGCGAAUGGAAAUAGUAACGCAAACAACCUAAGUAAUGAUUUGGAAAUCGCGGACAUGAGUACGAUGACAACCACGAACGUAAAGAAGUCUACCGGUAUUCUUGAGGGAACAAUGGUAACCCCGAUGAAAUUACAAGGAGCAUCAAAUUCUGGAUUUUCCUCCAACGCCGCCCAACAUAAUUUACAACUCACAAAGACCACUAGCACGACGAGUACAUCACAGCAGGCGCAACUUGUUCAUCCGUCACAUCACCCAAAGAACAUGCAGAUCUUUCCCAACGUCCACCUGCAGCAAACGGACGAGCAGUUGAAUCUGAGCUGGCGUGUACCAAAUGCAAAUCUCGGUCUGGGUCUGGAAACUUGUGAUGCUGGUUGAGAAAGACGGGACCACGCCUCAAUUGGCUGCAAUGCAUGACAAGUUUCGGAUGUGCGACAGUGUUUGCUACCCGCGUGACAGAGUGAGCGUCUGCAUGACACCAGAAAAGUGGGGCUUUUGGCUGACGUGCAUGACAGACUUGAGAGUCAUGUUAGCAAAGCACGACAAACCUUGCAUUUUUUCAGACCCAGGCAAAUUUGCAGGUGAUAGCGCGAACGGUCGGCGCUGUCGGAGUUCCAGCGGAUCUUGUUCAAAGAGGACCGGUAACAAAUGCAAAAAUGUCUGGGUCUGGAAGGUGGCAACUUGCCAUGGUAAAGCUGGAUCAUGUAAAAAUCUGUGUUGCACGAUUGCCAAAAGCUGUCCACUUUUGACCAAGUUAGGACGGAGUUUCUCAUGCAGGAUAGGCAUGGCAGAGAUCUCGAAGAGUCUGUCGUGCUAAGUCCCGCAUUCCAGACCUCAUGGGUCAUGGAAAAUCUGCAUGACAAGGUUACACUUUUCCAGACCCAGACACUUUUGCACUUGAUAACCGGGACCGGCUCUUUGAGCAUCUGAAGGACCACAAGUUCGCGUACUAUCGACUGAACUCCGAAUUGACGAAAGAGCUCGAGCAGAGCCAAAAGUGGCAAGACUCCGAGUUGUGGCGCGGGCUUGGGCGCAGCGGGGUCGCGGCAACGAGUACUAGUAACAAUGCGGCUCCUACAACUUCCUCGUCUACAAUUUCCGGGCAGGCCUCGCGAGGAACCCGAAGCCGAGAGCAGCAGAGUGGCAGUUCUGCUGGCGUGGUGAGCUCUACUUUUCAGUCCGUUGGAACAACGGCCUCACGGUCCAGUGCCGCGAUGACAGCAGCAGUUGUUUCGGGAGUAGAAAUAGAACAUCAAAACCGUAUCGACAAUAUUAUCGAGAGAAAUAAUAACAAUCGCGCCAGCUCCACCAUCAAUGCGACUUCCCGCCCGCAAAGCAAAGAAUCCGAAACCUACCCACCCGAGGAGACGCACAGUAGUAACCGCAGGGGAGAAAUGAAUAGAACGACCCUCGCAGGAGCGGACAAUACCGACGACGUCGACGACUCUUUUUCGCACGGCGGCGACCCAAACGUGCUAACGCCGCGAAACAACGCGAGCAAGUCGCUUAGCUCCCCGAGCAGGACAAAUCAAGCUGCAGGAGGACCAGCUUCUAAUAAUAUCGCACCACAGCUGCAACACCAACAGCAAGACCCGCCGACGUCCUCCGCAGCAACAUCGUCGAGUAGUUGUACUACUUCUAGCACCUUUUUCCUCACACAGCGGUCGAUGCUGCGGUUUCUGUACUCCUCCAAAAUGAACCCGGCCGAAGCGAAAAAGCUGUUGGAUGUGCACGUGAAGAUGAUUCAGAAAAUGAAUUUGAAAGCGGUCUCGGACGAGGAUGUGCGGAAAAACUACAGUCGGGGCUUCUGCGUGCUCUCCGGGCGCGACUUCGAGGGCAGGCCGAUGAUCUGGAUCAAGUACAAGUUUAUCAAUCCCAACGAAAUCAAAAUCCCCGUGGGCAUCAAAUCCACGUGGCUGUCCAUCGACGCCGCGCUGCAGGACGUGUAUCAACUGCAAAAAUGUCUGGGUCUGGAAGAAUGCAUGUUUGUCAUGUUUGUCCGGCAUGACUUUUAAAAUCUGUCAUGCGUCUUACCCAAGAGUCCCAUUUUUCUGUCAUGCAGAAACGCAGUUUGUCAUGCAGAAUAGGCAACACCUAGAAGCUCAGAAGCUUGUCAUGCUGAGGCAGCACUUGUUGCCUCCUCAUGGUACGCCACCCAGCAUCACAAGUUUCCAGACCCAGACAUAUUUGCAAUUCAUAACGUGCCCAGCAUGGCCAAAGGGGUCCGAUUGGUGUACGACUUCAACGGGCUGCGGUUGCAGAACGUCGCCAGCGCGAGACCCUGGGAAUUCAAAGACGCGAUCUCGGCGGUGGCGUUCUGUCAUCCGAGCGUCAUUGCGAGCGUGGUAAGUACUUAAGUAUAAAAGUACGUCGACCGAGUUUAUUGUUGAGCUGCUGAUCAUGCUGAUGCAUUUUUUGCUGCACCGCAGAACAAUUCCAGUGAGAAACGGUUUGCGCAGUUCUUGUCUUCUCCCUUGAUAUCGUUCGUAUACCUUUUGCUUAUUUAUUUCAAUGAAAAUAAGCCCUUGUCCUCUCUUCAGGUUUUCCUUGACGCGCCGCCACUGCUCCGGCAUGCCUGGCAGAUCGCCCAGGCAAUGGUACCGAAGAAGCUGAAACGGGUGGUGCAGUUCGUUACAACGCACAACGUGCCCGAUUGGUACGCGGAGUUCUUAUCCACUGUACUUGAAAACUUCCCCACCCCACCGGAGUUCGUUGUCAUCCAAAUCUGCAAACCUAAAGGGUCUCUUAUGCGCAGGCCCAUGAGGAAGAGGACCUUCAUCUAAUGCUAUCUGUCAAUUUGGCAUGUGCGUGUGGUUGCACUAGCUAAGCAGGAGGACAACUACACUACGAGCCCAAGCGUGUCAUGCAAGACGUGUGGAUUUGUGUAGCUGCUGCUGCUUCCCCAUCUUGACUAUGGGGCGGGGACGUUUUUCCUUAGGACAGCUAUGCGAAGUGAGCCAGUUGCCUCGGUAUCUGGGUGGGCAGCAAGUACCAAAUGCGGAUUUCCACUCCUACCUGUUGCAUUUAUGAAGUGCAAAUAUGUCUGGGUGUAGAAGGAUGGGGCUUGUCAUGCGAACUCUCGAUGACGACAAGAUCUGUGUUGCAUGACUUGCAAAAGAUGCCCACUUGCUGCCAAUAAAGAAGUCGAUUUGUCAUGCGGGAGAGGCGUCAAGGAAAGAAGUCCCAUAAAAUCUGUGAUGCUUCUUUGUCCAUUCCAGACCAGGUGCGUGGUCCGCGAGAUGCAUCACAAAUCUUGCGAUCUUUUCCUAGACCCAGCCGUAUUUGCAUUUGAUAGCAUCGCGUAAAAAACGAUUCUCUGCUGUAUUGAGGUAUUAAAACGAUGAAGCGGAUUCAUUGUAAUGAAACAUGACAAAAUCACACGAGAAAAGCGCGUUUUCCAUGUUGCCAA